UUUUUGGAAGGGUUAGAAUCCCUUCUGUAAACGCCCUUAAUUUCACAGACAGAAUUUGCUCUGCGGAUGAUUACUUAUAAUUAAUUUGAAAAUUAAUUUGUAAUCACAAGGAACAUUAGCACGCUCUUUGCAGUUAAGACGUAAAGCCAAAUAUUCGGAUCUAGAAAUGUCAGACAACGAUGAUUUUAGCUCGGAUGAUUCACCUCAGACAUGGGUGUCCUACAGCGAAAGAGACGAAUGGAGAAAUGUUGUACCCGUUGAGCAGGACGAUGGUCCGAAUCCUGUAGUGCCCAUUGCAUAUUCUGAUAAAUUUCGAGAAACACAUGACUACUUCAGAGCAAUAUUAAAAUCAAAAGAAAAAUCAGAACGGGCUUUGCAUUUAACUGCUGAUUGCAUUUGGUUGAAUGCUGCAAAUUAUACUGUAUGGCAGUACAGACGAGAAAUUCUUAAAGAGCUUGGAAUUGACCUGAAAGAUGAAUUAGAAUUUAUAGAGAUGAUCAUAAAAUGUAAUUUUAAGAAUUAUCAAGUUUGGCAUCAUCGAAAAGUUAUUGUGGAGUGGAUGCAAGACCCUAGUGCUGAACUUCAAUUCACAAGUAACAUUUUGAAAAAAGAUGCCAAAAAUUAUCAUGCAUGGCAACAUCGUCAAUGGGUUAUAUCAACUUUUAAUUUGUUUGAAAAUGAGCUGGAAUAUGUUGAACAGUUAAUAUCCAAUGACAUUAGAAACAAUUCUGCUUGGAAUCAACGUUAUUAUGUUAUAAGUAAUACAACACAUUUUGAACCGGAAAUUAUUGAACGUGAAAUUGAUUAUACUCUUAAAAAAAUUUCUGAAGUACCUGGAAAUGAAAGUGCAUGGAAUUACUUGAGGGGAAUUUUAAUGCACGAUAAAAGUGGUGGUUUGGCAUUUAAUUCAAGAGUCUCACAGUGUUGUAAAGAACUUUAUAAUCAAAACUAUAGAACAAAUCAUCUUCUAGCUUGUAUUGUUGAUAUUUGUCAAGAGAGGCAUUCCAAGAAUGAAUUGACAGAUCCUUUUUUUCAAAUUGAAAAAGCAAUACAGUUAUGCACUGAUUUGGCUCAAACACAUGAUAAAAUACGUAAAAGGUAUUGGAAAUAUAUAUGUCAACAAAUAUCUGAAAGAGAGAAAGCUGAAACUUAAUAUUAUGAAAUAUAGAUUAAGAUGAUUUUUUUAUUGGUGACACCGGAUUGGUAGCUUUGUGCUAAAAGAGCUGCUUGUUCUUAAUUUUUUGGUAUUUAAGACAUUGUUGGUAAACAAUCUUCAAUGAAAUAAUAAGGUAAAGUCUAUAUAAAAUGUACAAAAAUUGUAAUGUUUUGAAAAAAUUUGAUUAAUACAUUUCUAUCAUACAAACUACUAUUGUAUAUAAUGACAUUCAAUUUACGAAAUCAUGUAUAAUAUUAACUAUUCGAAUUAUAGAUUACAUGAUGAAUUAUUUACUAUACUGUUGGUUAGAUAUAAUUA